AUGGGGAGCGCAAGAGGUUUCGACGUCGUUAAGGGUUAUGUGGAUACGGAUUACGGCCAGAUUCACUUCCGCAGAUGUGGACAAGGCAUGCCGUCCGUGCUGCUCCUGCAUGCCGCCCCGCAAUCCUCCUCCAUGUUCUCCUCCGCGCUCAAGCGCUUUGCCGCCCGGGGGCUGCACGCCGUGGCCGUCGAUCUGCCCAACUGCGGCGAAUCCAGCCGUUCGUCCAUGGAGCUGACGAUCGCUGACGUGGCGGAGAUCGUGCUGCAGGCGAUCCAAGGGCUGAGAUUCACCAGCACCAUCGACCUGAUUGGACACCAAACAGGAGCGACAGUGGCGCUGCAAAUCGCGUCAGACCUCCCCCAGGUGGUGCGGCGAGUGGUGCUGUGGGGCGUGCCCAUGCUGGGGUUCAUGGAGCGAGGGGACGUGCUGAGGGAAGAGCCUCCCGAUUAUGACGGGGACUUGGAAGGCACUGUGGCGACCUUUUUGGAAAAGAGAUACCCGUACCCCGUGCCCUGGCAGCUCAAGGUACGCACGCUCAUAGACAUGCUACAGACGUAUGAACGCCGCCCUUGGCUCACCCGAGCCAUGGCAGUGGUCGACCACGCUGCCCUGCUCGGCUCGCUCCCCAUGCCUGUGCUCUGCCUGGCCGGCGACAGCGAGCCGUUUCAGAAAGCGACGAUGAAGGCCGCCCUGCUGUGCAAGAACGGGCGGUACGUGAACCUGGGCUCGGCCGGCAGCGAUGUAGUAGAUGAGAUUCCCGAUGAUUACGUGGCAGAGGUUCUGGGUUUUCUCCUGGAGCCGGAUACAGAUGGGGGUGUGGGACCGGGGGGCGCGGGGGGAGGGUCGGGGAGAGUGGGGGGCGGAGUGGGGAGAGUGGGGGCGCUGGGGGGAGCGGCGCAGGGGGAGCGGGCGAGCUGGUCGAUUCAGAGUGAGGUGGUGGCGCAGGAUGGGGGGAGGAAGAUGUCUGCUGCUGCUGGCGUGGGGGGAGGAGGGGGGGGAGGAGUGGGGGGGAAUCAAGCGCUACGGCAAGGGUCGUUGCCGAGUAAUCUAGGGGGAGGAGCGGGAGGAGGGGUGGGAGGAGGGGGAGGGGGGGAAGGGGGAGGAGGAGCAGGUGUGGAUGGCGGCCAGUCGCCGAGGGGCGAGGGGGAUGAGAGGCGGUCGUCAAGUGAGAAGAAGCGAGGGCUGCUCAAAGGGCUGUUUCGAGGGAAGAGCGGGCUGCAGCAGCAGGGGUGA